GUUGGCGCAAAGUAGUGUAGCCCUAAAAAAACACAGAAUUACAACAAGUGCUACACCAGACAAAAUGGGGAAGAAGAGAGAACGCCUCACAAAUCCAGAACCCUUUCUUGAAGAUGACACCAACUCCAAAGCUUCCUCUAAAAAACGUUCCAAAGCUCCUAAAUCUCACCAACAACAACAACAGGUUAUAUCGUCUAGUAUUAGCUCGAAGAUAUUGAAGGAGGCUUUACUUCAGCAAAAGGAAGUAGAUGAGGAGGAAACUCGAGAGAGAAAUCCCAACGCUCCGGUUUUUGAUGAGGAGGUCGCAACUAAAGCUGUAGAGGAAGACGAUGAUGAUGACAUUGAUAAUUUUGGUGGAUUCCAAGAGACCCAAAGCCAAUUUGGUGGUGAUUUGGAGGAUGAGGUUGAUAAGUUGCUAUUGGAGGAUGAGAUGCUAUUGGAGUCUUUCUUAUCUAAGCAUGAACGCCCUGAGCGCACAUUGGCCAAUAUCAUCGAAAAGAUGAAGGAACAAAAUCCACAAGUUUCUUCAGGAGUGCAACCAACGCCCAAAUUGGAUGACUCGAUCAUUGAGUUGUACAAAGGUGUUGGCAAGCAUCUUAACAAAUACACUUCAGGCAAGAUGCCAAAAGCAUUCAAACAUAUUCCUUCAUUACAAUAUUGGGAAGAUGUUUUAUAUCUAACAGAACCUGAGAAAUGGUCACCAAAUGCAAUGUACCAAGCCACAAGAAUUUUUGCUUCUAAUUUGGGUGUCAAGAAGGCAGAACGCUUCUACAAGUUUGUCUUGCUCCCACGAGUUAGAGAUGAUAUUCGCAAGAAUAAGAGAUUGCAUUUUGCUCUAUAUCAAUCUUUAAAGAAAUCUCUUUAUAAACCUGCUGCCUUCAAUAAGGGAAUCUUGUUUCCCUUGUGUGAGUCAAAGACAUGCACCUUGAGGGAGGCUGUCAUUUUCGGGAGUGUUAUUGAGAAGGUCUCCAUUCCGCAUCUUCAUGCUAGUGUGGCGCUGCUGAAACUUGCAGAGAUGGAGUAUUGUGGUACAACAAGUUAUUUCAUCAAGUUACUGAUUGAGAAGAAAUAUGCUUUGCCCUAUCGUGUACUUGAUGCCAUGGUAGCACACUUCAUGAGUUUCUUUGAUGAAUCAAGAGUCAUGCCUGUGAUCUGGCAUCUGUCACUUCUUGUAUUUGUGCAGAGGUACAAGACUGAGCUGAGGAAGGAGGAUAAAGCUAACAUAAGAGCACUUGUUGAAAGGCAAAGACAUAGAUUGAUUACACCCGACAUAUUGAGGGAAAUUGAGAAGAGCAGAAGUCGUGGGGAGAAGGAGGAUGAUGCUAUGUCAAUUGCUAGUCCUCUUUCUGUGAUCAAUAAAGCAAUUGAAGAAGAUAGGUUUGAUAUCCCAGACGUUCCUAUGGAGGAGGAUUAGAUUUUUUAUCAAAGACUUCUAUGCGUGAUGCAGCAUGUGAUGGUAUACUAGCAGAUUUAGGUUUCAGUAUGCACAGAGACUGAGCUCGUGCCACAGGAUAGAUGAGCAUGCUUGUCUGGGCUGUUGGAAUUUUGAACUAGAGAUUUUGCAAUAUAUUCUUUCAUGAUACUUAUAAUUUUUGAUCAUUUCAUCAGCAUAUAUACCUGUUGAGCCUAAAAAGUGUAAUUGCCAUGGUUUUUCCAAGUUUAGUGUAUCACAUAAUCGUCCUUUGAGAAUCCCAAGAUUUGUGGUCUUUAUAUAUUCAAGAAACAGAGCACAUACAGGAGUUUAAUUUAAUUGAUCCCCCAGGAUUUGCUUUGGAUUCAAA